CACACUUGGCUGCCAAUCAAAAUCAUCACCAACCCCACUUUGUAUAUGCUUGGAUUCGUAUGGCUUCCUUGUGAACCACACUGACUUUAUUCACAAUCCUAGUCCUUUUCCAUAUCAUAUACAUAUAAGACUAUUGUUUGAUCCAAAUCUCUCUGCUUUUUUUCCUCCCCAGAAUUUUCCAGCCCAAGUUGUUGUUAUUUCCCAGAGAAAAAAAAAAUCCUUUCAUAUUCGACCUGCUUCAAGCCUUUUUAAUUUGUGGAUGGUAUCUUCACCAUCCAUCAUUCAUCAACUGAGUUUUGAGUUUAAGGUACCUCCAGGUUCUAUUAUUUAUUACUCUUCUUUUAUGUUAUAUUCCUUUUUUUUUCUUUUUUCUUUUUUGGUAAUAAUUAUUAUGUGGGUCCUGGUUACAAAAACUCAGGAGUAGUUGAUGAUGUCUGUAUCUCAAGGAUUUUAAGUACUGGGUUUUCGCAGAUAUGUCUUGAUUCAAUUUAUAUGGUAAAGGACAGAGAUUAAGACUUGAUGGAGUGAGCUAAGCAAGAUUUGGUGAGAAUCUAGACUUGGAAUUUGAAUUUAUUUACUGGAAAGCCAUGGCAAGAGGCAGGGGAGAGAGAGAAGACUAUGAGAAGAACCCGGGUUUGCUCUCACUCUUGCAAGUUCUCUCAUUCUUGGUUGUUUUUGUUGCCGGGGUCGUUAUAGGAUUAGCAACAAGCGCGCAUAUUAAUCGGCAUUUUGGUUCACAAACUGAGAUUUACUCCUUCAUUAAUCACUUCUCCUCCAAUAAGCCAAAUGAGGAGGAAAAUUGUACCAUUGUGCAAGGUUGCGAGAAGGUUGAUUGUUUGAGCAUGGAGACGUUUCUUCAACCGAAGAAUUUGACACACGAUAUGUCUGAUGAUGAGCUCUUUUGGAGAGCUUCAAUGGUGCCCGGGAAGGAAGAAUUUCCAUUCGAGAGAGUGCCUAAAGUGGCUUUCAUGUUUUUGAGUAGAGGACCUUUGCCCAUGAUGCCAUUGUGGGAGAGGUUUUUUCAAGGCCAUGACAAGUUUUUCUCGAUUUACGUGCACGUGCUUCCAGGGUAUAAGCUCAAUGUAUCUAGCACCUCUCCCUUUUAUGGACGCCAAAUUCCCAGUCAGCUUGUUUCAUGGGGAACAGUAACACUAGUUGAUGCAGAGAGGCGCCUUCUAUCCAAUGCCUUGCUUGACUUCUCAAAUCAGCGCUUUGUUCUUCUCUCCGAGAGCUGCAUCCCGGUCUAUAAUUUCCCUACUGUCUACAAGUAUCUCAUUGGCUCUAACCAUAGCUUUGUUGAGUCGUACGACGAUCCUGGCCGUUAUGGACGUGGUCGUUACAGCAGAAAAAUGCUUCCUGAGAUUGAACUCUAUCAAUGGAGGAAAGGGUCUCAGUGGUUUGAACUUAGCCGUACGUUAGCAAUUUACAUAGUCUCAGAAACAAAGUUCUACACCCUCUUCAGUAGGUAUUGCUUGCCUGCUUGCUACCCGGAUGAGCAUUACAUGCCAACUUACUUCAACAUGUUCCAUGGAUCGCUAAACUCAAAUCGGACUGUGACUUGGGUUGACUGGUCGCUGGGAGGUCCGCACCCUGCAACAUACGGGGGAGAUAACAUUACAGAAGAUUUUGUACGGUCAAUACGAAACAGUGGAGCACUAUGUCAGUACAAUUCAGAGAUGACAUCUAUUUGUUACCUAUUUGCUAGGAAGUUUGCACCAAGUGCACUGGAGCCAUUGCUGGAGCUGGCCUCAUCAGUGAUGGAAUUUUGAUUCUUUGAGCAGAAAAUUUUUUGUAGGACUUUUAUUCUUGUCCAACCGUAGGGGUUUUGGCCAAUCAGUUUUGCCUCUAUACAAAAAUGUACAGGUAGUUUUGGAUAGAGAGUUUGGGUUCUCAAUCAUUGAGAGAAUAUGUUGGUUCUUAAAUAAAUUUUGGAAUCCGCAAACUCCUUCGAAGAAGGAAAGCAUCAAUA